AUGCUUGAGAAGAACACCCCAUUAUCUCCAAUAUUGGCGCACUCUCCACAUGCCAAUUCAACAAACCAUGAGACAUACAAUCAUGGAGAUACCAUUGCCAAGGUUAUUAAACUGUUGACAUUGAUGACUUCGCGUAUGAGAGGGGACUUGAUCCAGAACUUAUUUUGGCAGUUCAUGUUUUUAGAACUUGAUCAUGAUUUUCGAGCAUUUAUUCCUUCUGACUUUAUUAAACUAUGCUGCAAGGGCAUUAAUGUACUUCAUAGCAAUGGCAAAGAAAAUGUUCUUUAUUACUUGGCCAGGGGACUUGGAAUGUCACGGAAAGAUGGUUCAGGUCCACGGCUCCCUAUUGACAAGAUGCCGUUUGGAUUAUUAAGCUACAAUAUUCGCUAUUUUGCUAUGGACACUGUGAACAACAUUUCAUCAGACCCCCAUUUUGUGGAGUGGGAGACAACUAUGUUCUCCAACUUUGGUCAUAAAUGGAUUUGCUUACAGAGGGGACCAGGGUUUGCCUAUGAUGAGACUGUUGUUGAUGAUUCCUCAGCUGCAGCUUGUAAUAGCACCAGCAACACAAACAGCAGUGAGCAAGGUUCCUCAAGUGUCCUUCAACAAGCAUGGAAUGAAACAUUUCAAGUGGGUACCCAGAAUGGGGUACAAGAUGAGGUUGAAGACCAAGAUACCACUAGAGAGAAAGUUGGGGCAGAUGACUGCCUUGAUGUAGAAACCCUUGUUGACACAGAUGACCCUCUUGAGGUUGGAGCCAUUGUUCAGACAGGAGAUGGGAUUGAGGUUGAAACUGUUGUCGAGGCAGGAGACCCUCUUGAGGUUGGAACCAUUGUUGAGGUAGGAGAUGGGCUUGGGGUUGAAACAAUUGUUGAGGCAGGAUAUGGGCUUGAGGUUGAAACCCUUGUUGAGGCAGAAGACGAGCUUGAGGUGAACGACCAGGUCAAUGAAGAAGUGAGCUACCUUUGGGCACGACUUGGUUCUGAAGAAAAAGAACAAAUUGCAAACGGCGAUAGACCAAUAGAACUGGAAACAUUUCAUGGUAUUCGCCCACAGGCACAUAAAAAGAAAAGGACAGAAGUGGAUCCGAUGAAAGCUAAAGUCAAUGUUGCAGGUCAUUCUGUAAGGACUCUUCAACGUCGUAUACAGGCUGCUGAGUUUUCAAGAGACACAAAUGUUCAGGUGAGUGCACAUAUGAUUAAAUAGAUAUGAAAUAUAUUUGAAAAACAUAUAUAUAUAUAUAAUUAUACUCCAAGAGCUAGGUUAUUCGAACAUUUACUGCAACUCUGAGUUUCAUGCUUCUUGCGAAGCAAUCUUCAGGCAACAAAAAAAUGUAAAUGUUCGAAUAACCUAGCUCUUGGAGUAUAAUUAUUCUUAGCUCUAGCUCUGCUAUUGAGCACUUUAUAGUAGAUGAGGAUUUCUCUCCACUUGUUAUUCUUUUUUUCUUGCUAGGUCGCUGUUCUUAAGAAGAUUAAAGAAAGAAACAAAAACGGACGUUGGUGGAUUAAAGCAGAUGCAUGUGACCUGCGAAAGGGACUGCGUGAGUCAAUGCGUCAUGAGUGGGCAGGAGAUUGUGACCUGGGAGAUGGAAAGCUUCAAACUUUAUAUCAGGAAUACAUGGACAGAAAAACCUUCUAUGGUGGAUUAGGACUUAAGGAUCAAGAGUAA